GUGCGCUCCUCCUGAGUGCGCAGCUGAAGAAUCGGAUAUGACCCGGUGCCACGGGAGACUGACGCGCUCACUGUAUUGCUCUCCUCCUCUAAUGGUCCUCUGAGGGAGUUAUGGUCAGUAAGGUGGCAGGCCGCUGCACUCUGUCAAGCUCAGAGUCGGACUCAGAGUCCGUUGGUCCUUCAUUGGGAGGAGAGAGCGGAGGUCGGACGGGCACUGUACGCAAGCGAAACAAAGCCCUGCAGGUGCACUUCAAAGACAUCUGCGAGGCACAGAAUGAGGUUGCCCACAGAAGUGCCAGAGCCCGCUCUGUUUCCUGCAAGGUCAUUCACAGGCGGUACAUGACCAUGCCAGCACGGCGCUCUAUCCCCAACGUCACAAAGAGCACAGGUGUGCAAACCUCUCCAGACUUGAAAAAGCGAUAUCAGACUUUCCCCUUCGAACGCAAGAAGGGGAAUGUCAUCAAACACACUGCUCUGGUGGAAAACUACCCAGAUCACAAUAAUGGGCUUCUGAGUGAUGUAAAGGUUGGGGAGAAAGGGGCACAGCAAUGUGACGGCAGGGUGCAGCAGACCCGAGUACUUCUUCACAGUACGCCACAGUGUAGUGCUGCUAAGGACUUAUGUUUUGGGCCUGACUGCCCAAAUGGAAAACUCUACCCUGAUCCAUCAUGCCAGGGUAGAGAUACAGACACAGUUUCGGAUCAGUUGGACUCAAGAAGAGAGGGCAAUAUCCCAGGGAGCAGGGCCAAACACAAAGGAUUACCCAGUGAGAGUGAGAUAGGGACAGGCCAGCUUUCAAACUGUGCCAAGAGAACCUCCUCUACCACAUCAACUGAACCUCUGCAGGCCAGAGGUGACUGUUUUAAGAUUUCUGGCCCUAUUGCAUGGACGUCUUUGACACAAGUGGAAUGCCUAGAGAGUCACUCAGGAAGCUGCAAAUGCAAACAAGACUCAAUGCAGUUGAAUGGCUUACAGGCGCAAUCGCAAGCUUUGCCGCAUUCAUCUAGCUGUGCCUCCCAGGCCCACAUGCAGGCUCACUGUCAUAGUAGUCAAAGCGUGGGUACCGCCGAGUCACGGCAGGGCACAGCGGGGCAGUUGAUUGCUCUCCCUGAGGUAGAUGGGAAUGUGAAAGCCAAGCUUCAAGCCAUGGACGCUCUGAUCAGCUCUAGUCAAGAAACCAUCAAAGUGCUGCUCGGGGUCAUUCAAGAGCUGGAAAGAGGAGAGGCGCAGCGAGAGGGACUUUCAUAUCGAACUGGGCAAGAUACCGCCAACUGUGACACAUGUCGUAACAGUGCCUGUAUCAUAUACAGUGUGGAACUAGAUUUUAAACUUCAGGAGGACAAACUGCAGCCCUUAAUGAAGAGACUGUGUCCAUUAGAAGAGCCGACUUACCCCUCUCUGCCUUACACACACGAGGUGUUCACCUCCACUCCCAAACGCAAGUCCAAGACUGAGUCCAAGAAGCACGCUCGCUGGAAACUCUGGUUCCUUUAACAUAAGACUAGGAAUUUCAUUGGUUUUGGGAUCUCUGAACCAUCACACCACAACAAGCAAAUUCUUGUGGAAUUCUGCUGUACUUAUUGGAUAAACAUGGUGACUUGGUGGCUCAAUGCUAUCCACUGUUAUGGAACAAGCAUCAUGGGCUGAAAUGAGCGAAUGGAUUUUAAUGAGGAAUAACAAUCGUUUUCUUAUCAUGACCCUCUAAUAAACCCUCUGAGUUUGGGAACUAUUGAAUUAACCUGUUCUGACGUUUUCCAUAAGGAUUACACAGUACUCCUUUGGUUCAAACAAGUUUGCAAGGGGCCCAGAAGAGAUGAAAAAGAACGAAAAAGCUAAAUGCUAUUUUGCCUCAAAACUACUUUGGAGUCAUACAUUAAAGGCAUCUAAUCAGCAAAGCACAAACCUUUGAGAAUUAUAAAGUAGAUUUGAUACAUGAGAUACCUCUUUUUCUCUCUCAGUCUUUCUUUCUUUCUUUCUCUCCAAUUUUAGAGAGAAUUAAAAUAAAAAUAGACUAUUAUUCUAUGACAGAAUAAAUUAAAUUAUUCCUAGUGAGUGAAUGCAGAAUGCAUUGACUGCAUGCACUAAUAAUCUAUGAAUUUGUAGAUAUAUUUUUCCUGGAUAAUGUUGAAGAUGCACAAUUACAGCAGUAUGUCAGCAAUGGUUAGGUUAUACAUGUAUUAAUGAAAAUGGGUUGGUGUUCUAAAAAUAAAUAAAUAAUAAUAAAAAAAAUAUAUACAUUAAAAAUAAAAAAAAAUUAACUAAAAGGUAUAUAGGUAAUUUAAGAAGACACUAACUGUGAUUGUCUUUCAAUUUUAUAGAUUUAUGUAUCAGAUAAUUCUCCACAAACAUUUUUGCUGAUCAUCUCCUGGGACAAAAGUUUUUACAGUAAAAUAGUAAAAUUCAGCUCAAUGUGAAAAUUUGAGUUCUGCAGUGUUUUAGGGCUGAAAUUGUAUGCAGGUGAAUAUGGCGCUGCAUAUACAACCUAAACGUGAAACCUAGGUAAAUUCUAGGUUAAUUAUUUUGCUUAACAAUACGACUGAUUUAGUUGCAGAUUAUGACCAGAGUAGUUAAACUCAAUAUAUUCAAUAUAUACAAAAUAUUGUGUUAUGUGGUGGAAAGGGCACAACUUCAAAACACAAAACAAUAGAUAUAGUCUAUAUCUCACAACACAUAUCAAUCUGUCCAAGCUUACUUGUCAUUUUUUCAAUUGAAUUUUCAACACGAUGGCAGUCAAUCACUGAAAUCUUGUGCUUGUUUCCCAUGUAAAGCGAAGUAAUUAAACAAUCACUACACAAAAGUUUAAGGAGUAUAAUAAAUGCAGGUAACCUAUAGAGGGCUAUGUAUAUACAAAUUGUGCUUAGCAUUUAUUUAACUUUAAACAGUCUUUGUAUUAGAAAUUCAAGAAAUGCCAACUUUCUUCAAGAGACUCACUUUUACUACAGUGCCAAACACUGUAUUUAUUUAUUCCUAGAACCCACAUCAAACUGGAGGAUAUUUUUUAAAACUACAGGUUAUAUACACACACACACACAUAUAUAUAUAUAUAUAUA